AUGGAGGAGGAAAAGGUGGUGGUGGCGAAGCGCACGGGGCAGGUGCUCUACAAGGGGACCAUUCUCAAGGCCGACCACUGGCUGGGCGGCCACCAAAAGAGCCCCGUCCCCUUCCGCCUCUCUGGCGCCCCCAACUUUCGCACCGUGCCGGCGCUGCCGGUGUCGGGUGUGGCGCAGCCGUCGCUGUUUGGCAUCCGCGCGGUGCUCAACCGGGUGUUCGGGCGCCCAAACCGGAUCGAGCAGGUGGUGUGGUGUAACCUGCGCGAGGAGCCCGUGAUCUACAUCAACGCCCGCCCGUUCGUGUUGCGCGAGUUCGACCACCCAUUCAGCAAUCUCACCGCUUACAAAGGCAUGAGCUUGAGCAAUCUGGAGGACAUGGAGGAACGGCUGAAGGCUGACAUCCUAGCCGAAGCCUCGCGCUAUCAGGGCAACCUCCUUAUUCACGACGAGCUGGACGACGAGUGUGCGUGCCCCAUGUGGGAGGCCAUCUCGUCCGAGAGUGUCAUGACGCCCAGGGAGGUCUUCUUCACUCUCCAGAACGAAGGAUACCGAGUGAGCUACUGGCGUAUCCCCAUGAACGCCGAACACUUUGCCAGCCACGAAGCCAUCGACACGUUCGUGGAUAUGGUCAAGUCGAUCGAUGACCAGACCCACUUCGUUUUCAACUGCCAGAUGGGUAAGAUUCGCAAGUCGCGCGCGCGCGCGCGGAGAGGCAGGUCGACCAUGUGCACGGUGAUGGCCUCCCUGAUGUACAUGUGGUGUCGGCUCGUCAACAAGCCACUGGCCUAUCGGGCGGAAGACGACACCGAACACGAGGCGAAGCUGGAGGAGGACAUCCUCACCAGCGGAGAGAAGAAAGCGCGCCCCGAUGAAAAGCAGUUCUGGUUCAAGUGGGAACUCGUCAUGGUAUUCGACAGGAAAAUGAACGAUAUGCUCAGCUCCUCGUUGAAGGUCACGGAGCUCCACUUUGACGAGGGACUCAACCCGGCGCUGAGAGAGACGCUGCGCACGAUCCUCAACAACGGCAACAUGGUCAUCGAGUAG